AUGAAAUCUAUCGGUCCGUCGUCCAUUAUCAGGGAUCAUCUUUAUUCCAUGGAUGACAAGUUGAAGAGAGGAAGGCCCCUUCCUUUGCUUAAGAGCUCUGGUGAAGACAUAGUCAUAGAUGGAGACCUAGUGCCAGAAACAGCUCCAGUGGUUGAUCCUGCUUCUAUAUCGAGGUGCUGUAUAGAGAAGGGCCUAUUUCCGACAAUCCCUUUAUUCUUCCAAUAUCCAUGUGGCAUCAGCAAGGGUUGGUCAGAGUGGGUUGACCGUGAAUUGAAGGACCCGUCUUCCUGUGACAUCCUAAACCGGGCAAGGGUGCUGGACGCCACCUUCCUUUCUAAAGCAUGUGACAUCCACAUUGAAGCCAAGAUGCUUUGUCAUGUGGUUAGGCGAUGGAGUGCCGAGACGCACACCUUCAUCUAUUCAUGGGGAGAGUUUACUCCCACACUUGAGGAUGUGGCCAACAUUUUUCACUUCCCAAUUUGCGGCGGCCAAGAUCCCUUCCAUGUCAUGUUGAUUCCAAGAUUCCAACAUUUUUCACUUCCCAAUUUGAUGAUGUGGCCAACAUUAUUGGAAUUGCUGUUUUACUUUAGUCGGUUCCAUGCUGCUCAUUGCGAUAUAUUACUUUCCAUUAUAGUUCGUCAUGCUUGCUUAGUGUCGGAAGAGAAGGCCAUCUCCUUGAGUGAGAAGCGAAACUUGCCCUUCACUUCCAAAAGUGGGGAAAUUGUUGGUGAUUUUUCUAAGCUAAAACAAAAGUUGGAAAAGUCGGGUUCUCACUGUACCGGGAGAAGUGUUGCACAUGGAAAGCGAAAGCGAGAGGAAAGCUGCAUUGUUGAGAAGAAGAAGCAAGCUGUAAAGGAACUGAAAAAGUUUAUCCACAAUGUAGCAGCAAGUGGUCCCCCUUGCUCUAAAGGGAAUACUCCCACAGUGCCCUUACUGCAGCAGCAACUUGCAGCUUUUGGCAGCAUCAAGCAGGUUCGCGAGGUGCCAGAAGCUGUCUUCUCACACACUCCCCAAAUAAAAGGCAAAGGCAAGGAAGCCCCCGUGAUUCCAAAGCGCUAA